CAUCAAAGUACCAAAUAAGUUUUGCAAGUUUGCAUAUCUCAGACGUAGAAGAUCUUGCUGCAUUUCUACCGGUACUCCAAGGACACCUAGCUGUCUAGGUUGUCGACAAAAACACAGAGGAAUCAUGACUCGAUCAAAGAAAUGGAUGGAUUCCACCAUACUCCAUUCCUUAGAAACGACAACGAGGAGGCCGAGCAGGAAAAUCGCGCGACGAUGACGAUCGUGGUAUGCUAGAAAAGGGCGAUAUGAAAAAUGAGCGCUUCAGCUCAUAUUACAAGGCUCAGCACAUCAUUCCUGAGGAGGAAUGGGAUCAGUUCAUGGAGGCAUUGAGACGUCCCUUACCUACCACCUUCCGUAUUGCGGGAAGUAGAGAGAUCGCUCAAGCUCUCAAUGAUGCUAUCAAGAAAACUUAUGUCCCGUUGUUGAGCGAUGUAGUUUUCGAGGAUGAAGUUGUACCGCCUCCGUCUCGUAUUCCUUGGUAUCCAGAAGACUUGGCCUGGCAAUUCAAUGUGUCCAAGAAGGUUCUGAGGAAGCAACAAGCAUUCAAAAAAUUUCACUCGUUCCUUGUACAUGAGACUGAAGUCGGUAAUGUAUCAAGACAGGAGGCGGUCAGUAUGCUUCCACCAUUGUUCCUCGAUGUUCAGCCACACCACAAGGUUGUUGACAUGUGUGCGGCUCCUGGGUCAAAGACAGCGCAACUCUUGGAAGCUCUACAUUCACAGGAUACUGCGACAGCGACUUCCAUUCCUCCGGGACUUUUGAUAGCGAAUGACAGCGACAGCAAGCGGGCACAUCUUCUCAUUCACCAAUCUGCUCGUCUUCCCAGUCCAGCUUUCAUGGUGACGAAUCUAGAUGCAUCAAUUUUCCCCAUCCUAAGACUUCCCGUAACAACCGGGGAUUCCCGCCGUAGCGUCAAAAAGUCUCCCAAUCAACUUCUGUUUGAUCGCAUUCUAUGUGAUGUGCCUUGCAGUGGUGACGGCACGCUACGAAAGAAUAUUGGAAUAUGGAAGCGGUGGCAGCCUAUGGAUGGGAAUGGUCUACAUAGCCUCCAAACCCGUAUUCUGCAGCGGGCCAUGCGCAUGCUGGAGCCAGACGGUCGCAUCGUUUAUUCGACUUGUUCGCUAAAUCCCGUCGAAAACGAAGCAGUCAUAGCAGCUGCUUUGAAUUCCAAUCCUGAUUUCCAGCUCAUCGAUGUGUCUGCGAAGUUGUCGGAGCUGGUCAGGCGACCAGGCAUAAGUUCGUGGGCACCGACCGUCAAUCGCACAAUAGAUACAACUUUCAAAACCUGGGAUGCUUACAAUGAAACCCUGACGGAGGAGCAACGAAGAGACAGCAAGAUGUCGGAGACCCACUGGCCACCAAUUAAUGCAGAGUCCCUGCAGCUACAGCACUGCAUGCGAAUAUAUCCCCAUCUUCAGGAUACAGGUGGAUUCUUCGUUGCUGUACUCGAAAGAAAGCCGCGGCAAAGUAGUCAUGCCAGUGUUACAGGGAAAAGAGAUGCAGAAGAAGCCGAGAUCACUAUCCCGGAAGCCAAAAAGGCUAAGCUUGACCUUGGUGGUCUGCCAAAACCUCAACAAAGCGCUUCAUUCUCGCCUACGCCAAUGUCUGAAGACGAGGUUUCACAUCUUUUGGUAUUGGAAACUGUCGAAGCCGAUACGCAAGCUCCAUCCGACACGAAGAAAGGUGCAUUCAAGGGUAAACCCAAGCUGUCGGAUCCCUCGUUCAAGGAAAUGCCCUACACAUUCCUCGAACCCAACGAUCCAGCCUUGAUAUCCUGCAUAGAUCAGCUUAAUCUUACGGCGAGCUUCCCAUCGUCGAACGUGCUUGUCCGCAAUCCCGAAGGCGAUGCAGUACGGUCUUUCUAUCUUACAAACGAUCUUGUGAAAGCUGUUAUUCUGAACAACGACUACACUCGCAUGCGCCUGAUGACGAGCGGGACAAAGGUCAUCACUAAACAGGAGGCAGGACGAGGGCUCGAAGCGCAGUUUCGUGUUCUUGGUGAAGGUUUACCGGUUGUCCUUCCAUAUAUCGACCCGAGCGUGAUAUUGGACGCUGAGUUUGCGACUCUGAAAACUCUUUUGAUAACGUACUACCCGCUUUGCACAUCAUUUUCGGAGCCGUUCCGGUCUGUGAUUGAGAACAGAAGUCCUGGGAGUCAUAUCGUCCGAUUCCCAGCUGGUCAGUCGAAUGAUUCGACGCUGUCACACGAUCUCCUUCUACCUUUGUGGAAGUCUAAUGUCUCCGUAACUCUCAUGAUCGACAAGAAAGCAAAAAGCGCGCUCAGUUUGCGACUUUUCGGUGAAGAUGUAACAACAGCUGCGCGCGAUGGUGGAAAGAAGGCGCCUCAAACAUCCCAACUACCACAAAAUUCAGGAGAUGUAGUCCCGGAUGAAGGCGCCGAUAACGAGGAUGAGGAUGCAAUCCUCGAAGAUGAAGGUGACAAUGAAGUAUAGCAGUAAUCCUUAUAGCGAGUCCAUUUUGUGCGCUACUCCCCCGGCGUCGUGGCGGCAUACUUGUAUUUGAACUUGUGAUAUAGUCCUUGGGCAAGCCGAUUUGCAGAUACUGUCGCACUCCCACCUUGCCCCCACCCGCAAUAGUUGUGUUGCGAUUCUAAUGAGCCUUCCAGAGACUCAUUCAACCUUCCACACGAGGGAGGACUUUGUGGUGUACACAUGCGGGGUCCACUCCCCCGCAGUAUUCGGAAUAGUAGCAUUAUUAACAUAGGUCUAUGAUUCGCUGAAAGACUCUGAUUUAUCUGUCGUCGUCAGAUUCCUCCGAUGUUGAGAAUCUUAUAUUCUCGCAUUGCAUGUGGC